AUGAGUCUAUAUCAUAAUUCAAGUGGUACUGUCAGUCUGAGCAAUCUCACCACAUAUAUCAACAGUGCCCCGUCCUUGCGGGAUUAUACAGGCUAUUUCCAUGCAGACGACAACAAGCUAAAUCGUGUCUGGUACGCAUCAGCAUGGACAGAUCAACUCUGCACAAUCCCCUCGGACCAAGGAAACAGUCUCGCCGACCCCGGUGCCAAAAGUACAUCCGAGCCCACAUAUUGGUGGGCAAAUAGCACCCUAACCAACGGCUCCUAUGCUUUAGUGGAUGGCGCAAAGCGUGACAAACUGAUAUGGCCGGGUGAUCUUGGCAUAGAAAUUCCGGCGGUUUUCCUUUCGACGAAUGAAGCCGACAUAAUCAAGAUUUCUGUUCAACAGCUUUUUGCGCAACAAAAUGCAGCAACUGGACAGAUGCCGUAUGCAGCUGCACCUAUCAUCAUGAAACCUGCCGACAAUGAGAUUUCCAACCUGGCUGAAGAGUUCUCUUUUACUCUUGGCUAUGUCGAUGGUAGCGGUCUUGCCUAUAUUCCUGUUAACAAUCGGGAUUGGUUACGGAGUGACAUGGGAUAUUAUAACAUUGAAGCAAACUCAAUGCUGGCCUACACACUCAAAGCAGCCUUAGCACUCGCCGAAGCUGUAUCCGACUACUCUGAGAGCGCAAACUGGACAACCACCAUCAACGGAAUCGAGAUGGCCGCAAACGAACUCCUCUGGAACUCAGCAGAGGGUCUCUAUCAGGACAAUGAAAACAACACUUCAUUAUUUCCACAAGACGGUAAUGUCUGGGCCAUUAUCUCAGGAGUAGCCAACAGCACCCAGGCCGCGACAAUAUCCAACAAUCUUCGGGCUCGCUGGGGUCCCUAUGGAGCACCCGCACCAGAAGCACCCAACACGAUCUCCCCCUUUAUAAGCAGCUACGAACUUCAAGCACAUUUUCUAGCAGGACAACCACAGAACGCAAUCGAUCUGAUGCGCUUCAUGGGGGCAGAUUUCAUGCUCAAUGAUCCCCGAAUGACGAACUCGACUUUUAUCGAGGGGUAUCGCACAGACGGAGGACUGGAUUAUCGGGCCUAUUCGGAUGCUGCUCGUUCGCCGGGACCACUGCUGGUUCUUAGUAGCUAUGUGGCUGGGUUGCAGGUGCUUAAUUCUACGAACUGGAUUGCGUAUCCGAGACCGGGGAAUUUGUCGGAUGUUGAGGCUGGGUUUGAAUUGGACUAUGGGAGAUAUGCUGCGUCGUUGAAAGUCGACAGCAGUAGAAAGUCUUCCUUGUCGUACUAUGUAUCAACACCAAAGGGGACUACGGGGAGCAUAAUUUUGGAUAUUCCAGAGUAUAAAGCUAAAAUCAGGAUUGUGUCGACGACUGGCUAUGAAUGGAGUGAGACAGUGGAUGCGUGGACUGGAGGCGCGAAUCCGAGGGAUGUUUCUUUCUGGGGUCCGCAGGAUUCGACGGCUGGGACUGUGGAGGUCGAUGGACUUGUGGGUGGGGAGUAUUAA